AUGUGUUUGCUUCAGACAAAGGACUGUCGCCCGAAGCAAUAUGGUAACUCCUGGGCUCCUGGACUACAAUGGGCUAAACGCGGCGAAGACGAUGAAAUCAUCGGCGACAUGGCUAAUGAAGGAAUAAUUGAACCAUCCAGCAGCCCUUGGACCUCACCUGUGGUGAUAGUGAAAAAGAAAGAUGGCAGCCCGAACUUUUGCGUAGAUUAUAAGCCAAAGAAAGUUAUCCUUAUGAAAAGCGGCUACUGGCAAGUUCGUCUGGAUCCUGAACAUCGCGAGAAAACAGCCUUUAGCAGAGGGUCGGGUUUAUGGCAGAUCAUGCCCUUUGGUUUGUGUAACGUCUCCGCGACCUCUCAAGAUGUGACGUUACCCCCGAAUAUUGACGAUUCCUUCAGUAGUAGCGAUGUCAUUGUUCGUGAGGGCGCAAAUGAAACUUUGACCUGUAGAGCUACGGGUUCGCCACAACCUAGCGUAAAAUGGAAACGAGACGACAAUUCCAAAAUUUCGAUCAACAAGACUCUGACAGUUUCCGAGUGGGAAGGCGAAACGUUGGAAUUAACGAGAAUAUCCCGACUCGACAUGGGUGCGUAUUUGUGCAUCGCUAGCAAUGGAGUUCCCCCAACUGUCAGCAAGAGGAUAAAAGUGAGCGUUGACUUUCCUCCAAUGCUGUGGAUACCCCAUCAACUUGUAGGAGCGCCGUUAGCUUACUCCGUUACCUUGGAGUGCUUCACGGAGGCGCACCCCUCAUCUCUAAACUACUGGACCCGCGAAGACGGUCACAUGAUCCACGAAUCCAGGAAAUAUCAUACAGAAAAUAUCGUAGGCGUUCCGGCGUACAAGACUCACAUGAGGCUCACUAUCAACAAUAUCCACCAAACCGACUACGGCACCUACAAAUGCGUUGCCAAGAAUCCACGCGGUGAAACGGACGGCACUAUCCGCCUUUACACUUCUUCACCUCCGACGACCUCUCCAAAGCCGACAACUACGGAGACUCCCAGUCGCAUGAAGGACAUCUGGGGAAAUGGGGACUUCAACAACUCCGUCUACGGAAACCCAUCUUCUCUCACUGUCCACUUCUCGGACAAAGGUUCUAAGUAUCAAUCUAAUCUUAAUGAAAUCGAUAAGUCGGAACAAAAAUCCGGAUCAGAAAUCGACAGCAAAGGGGCGAUUUAUGAAUGGCCUUCCUCCGAAGAGAGCUCUGCAGGAAACUACCAAGGGAAACCUUCAACGUGGACGUUUAUUAUAUUACUCUACCUUCUGUUACGGUGAAUAAAUGGUGUCUAUUAUCUAUUGAAAUAAAUGUAUCCAUUAAGUUCAAUCAUCAGUAGGAGUAGUAAAAUGACAAAAUACUACCUUAAGAUAGCUAAAAAAAGCGACGCUUGCACAAAAAACAAAAGGCAUGAAUGUAAAUGUACAAUUGUAUAUGUUCAUCUGUUUUAAAUGAAGACUGACGUCACUAGAAAGUGUAACUUUUCGUUAGUUUAAGUUGGCCUGUAUUUAAUUAAACUUAGAAUUAACAUAGGAAAAAUUACCAUUAAGACGUAGUUCGAGAGUGGAUC